AUGUUCGUGAGCCAUUUGGUUCGUUCUCUGGGUUUGUCUGCCCCUCAGCCUGGCCGUCGCUGCCUGAGUUCUGCUGCUGCUGCUGCAGCAGCAGCAGCAGCAGCAGACACAGCAGCAGCAGCAGCAGCAGCAGCAGCAGCAGCAGCAGCAGCAGCAGCAGGAGAAGGAGAAGCUACAGUGCUGUUCUCGGGGGCAGCCUAUGCGAAGGCUGGAGAUAUAUGGGUGCACCACGGUACCCUGAUGCGGGAUGUAGACUGCAGUGUAUUGGCAGAUGUUUUGACCCCAAAUAAACAAAAACUAAAAAGUAAAGGAAUUGAUAGUGUUGCCGCCAGAAUAGUUAAUUUAAAAGAGGUUUCGCCCUCUAUUACCCAUGAAAACGGGUUGAGAGGGGGGGGAGGGAGAGAGGGGAGCGAGAGAGGGAUUCGGGAGGUGGGGUUGGUGGUAGAACAGGGGUCCAUAGAAAACUGCAUAAUAUACAGCGACUGUCUCGUCAACGAACUCAUCGAGGGUUUUGCUGAGGUCCUCAAGGGCGCCACAUACACUGCUGCGGGGAUCCACGCCAGGGUCACCGCCCUCCGCUCGAAAUUCCCGGGGCAUGCGGAGAAGGUGGAUGAGUUUGCUGAGUGGUUGGCGGAGGCCUCUCAAUCCUGA